UCUCUUUGCCGCACUUGUGCUCUACCAGAGGCUGAAAGCCUGCGGCUGUGUGCAACUACUGAAAAAACAAGAUAUAAGGACAAUAUAAAUAUCAUUUCAAUACACAGCAAUGGCAAAUUUUUCGAAGCAGAUAUGCGUUUUCUUGUCCUUGUUCGUGGCAUUUUCUUUGGCAUUGGACCAUAAUGAGCCUGGAUUUUUGAAAAGGCAACACAGUCUCAUCAAACCAUAUACUGGAAGUAGCGCAAGUAUACCUAAUUGGGAUUAUCGGGAUGCCACUAUGAUUACAAAUAGUUUCGUCAGAUUAACGCCAGAUCAUCAAGGGAAACGAGGAAGUCUUUGGAAUAGAAUACCGGUGUAUUUACGAGACUGGGAACUUAUCAUGUCGUUCAAAAUUCACGGGGGGAGGCAGAAACUAGCUGCAGAUGGAUUUGCUAUUUGGUAUUACAAACAACGAAUGAAACCUGGUCCUGUGUUUGGGAGUCGCGACCAGUUCAGUGGGCUUGGUGUUUUUCUCGAUACUUAUAAGAAUGGUCCACAAGCUGUGACGUUUCCGUUUAUAACUGCUAUGGUGAACAAUGGAAGUAUGAAUUAUGACCGCAGUGACGGUCGUCAAAAUUCAAUCGGUAGCUGUUUGGCUUCAUUUAGAAUAAAGAUUUUGAAACCAGCAUUUUAUCAGAUAUGUCAAAGCAGAUUAACAGUUUCUCUUAAUGUCGACGAUGGUAUGGAUUGGAGGGAGUGCUUCGAUGUAGGGGAGUUACGUUACCAGUCGGUUAUUUUUUUUGGUGUCUCUGCUGCCACUGGUGACCUGGCUGAUAACCAUGACAUUGUUGGUGUAAAAUUAUACGAAAUUGAUGCCCACAGACCACAAGGGGAAGAUGAUGGUUGGGGGACUGCAGUACCAAGCGUCAGCUUUUUCAAACCGCCUUUAGAUAACACUGAUGAGUCCGCGGCAGGCGGAUUCAGAAACACAGCGAUGUCUGGGUUUAAAAUAUUUUUGAUUUUCAUCUGUGCAUUACUAGGUCUCGGCGUGUGUGUCGUUGUAGGUUUCGUGGUUUUCCAAAAGAGACAAGAACAAAGCAGGAAGAGAUUUUAUUGAUUCUACAAAACAAAGAAGUAAAUAAAAUAACAAAGACCUAUUCCUUUUAAAUUUCAGCUAUAUAUACUCUUUGGUCAGGUCUACUUUAGUAUUAUUUCACCUUUAAUCUAAUUUACAAACCAGGGGUGUGCAACCUGCAGUCCACAAUGAAAAAUCGUGCGACUGGCGGAGAAGUGCCAAUUUUGAGUGAUGUGUGGCUCGUGAAACGAGUUUAAUCUGUUAUGUGUGAGUAAUCCCAAUCUCUUGCGUUGCGAAGCCACCAAUUCAUUAUCUAUGCCUAUGAGGUUACAAUGCCCUUACAUCUGGCUUGUGCGAAGUGAACAACGCAUAUUUCAAGAUCAAUAACUAAAAUCUUUGAAUCAACUAGAAAGCCUAUGUUUACUAAAGGUUCUGCCGUAGUUUCAACCAGUUAUUUGUAUCUGGUUCUCCAUCAUUUAAAGUUGCACACCCCUGGUAUAAAUCAGAAAGUAACAGCAUCGGCCAAAUGCCUAGUAGGAUGAGAUUAUUUCUGAUCACUCAAAUUUCAAUGAUAGUGGUGUUGGAAUAGUUCUGAAGUAGACCACGCUCAAACUUUUUCACUGCUUAAUCAUUUGGUGCUUCAGGUCAGCAUAUUUGGCUCUGAGCUGUUGAAUAGCAGGAAUGAACAAAUGUAAUUCAAAUUGAAUGCUUUAGAAAUAUCUACGUUGAAAAUUGCAAUAAUUUGUAUUCAUUUCAAUCUAAAAUUUGACGUUUUUGCAAUAAAGUAAAUAAAUUGUCUCAUAUCAUAAUUAAAAAUUUGAAUUGAACAUAAACUAAAUUGAAGUUUUUGCACAACGGAUUUCAAAGUUGGUACAUAUUCAAAUUGAAGGCUUUAUAAAAAUAUAUUUAUCAAGAAUUGUAUUAAUUUAAAUUACUGGUUUUAUGUUGUCUUUGCACUAAAGUUGAUAUUGAAAUUGGCCAUAUUAUAAUUCUGAUUUAAAGUCCGAAUCAACUGUAUUCAACCAUAUUUAUUCGACUAAUUUGAAAAUUUAUGCACCAAAAUGUAUUUAAAUUUGGCACAUAUCAGAAUUUUUUUUCAAAUUUUGAAUAUUCAAUUUAAUGCAUGAGAGUAUUCCAAUACACAAAGUAUUCGGAUAUGAACAUCUAUAGCAGUGGUUCCCGAUCUUUUAUGACUUGUGGCCCCUUUCCGGACGCUUUUAGCACUCAUGGCCCCUCUGUUUAUAAUUCCAAAGGUAUUUACAGUGUUGUUUUCGAUUGGUGGAUUACAAAUCCCAUUAUGUUGAAACAAUUCAUGCUCAACAAAGGGAAGAAUCCCUUUCAAGCAAUGAAACUAGGAAGAACGGAAGUUUUCUUGUCAAGGGAAGGUGAAAUCAGUUUU